AUGGCCGAAAGAGCAGAAGGCCUUUUUAUACAGCAAGUCACCACGAUUGCCGCGAUACGACGAGUGAUCGUGAAUUAUAAGAAACUCCCGAAGGCUCAAGUUUCGUUGGCCAGAGCCAAAAAUCGAAAGGAGAAUUUGGAGAAACUAUGGGACGAAUGCCGUGCAACCCACCAGUUGAUACUCCAGUCCACCAAAGCGGAGGACCAUAAGGGCAUCUCCUACUUCAAGGACAACACUUUUCUCGACGCGGAGGACGCCUACUUCGACGCUUCGGACUUCCUCAGCGACGCCAUCGCCCAGCUGGACGUCGGUAGUAAAACCCAGUCUGAUCAAAAUCCCAACCCGUUAAGUGGCCACCCGAUUCACGUCUUAAUCGGUGCUGAUCUAUACGGAUCGCUUUUACUGAACGACCUUCGCCAAGGUCCAGUCGGUACUCCCACUGCUCAGCUCACUGCCCUAGGAUGGAUUAUUUCCGGACCAACUGGGCCACGUGACUCCCGUCAGGAAUCUCCCUCUCUUGUCAAUUGCGUAUCUGCAGAAGAGUUAGAUUAUUCUUUGCGUCGUUUUUGGGAACUCGAGGAAGUCCCUUCAAGACCCUCGCUUUCCGAAGAAGACGAAAAAUGUGAGCGUUUCUUUCACGAUACUCAUACUCGAUCACCUCAAGGACGAUAUAUCGUACGGCUCCCAUUUAAGAGUACACCUCCAUUCGAUCUCGAAGGAUCGCGGGAAGUUGCUUCCCGUUUUUACGCCAAAUUGGAGCAGCGGUUGCUCAAACAACCGGAUCUCGAGUCUCAGUAUCACGAUUUUUUAUCGGAAUACCUUUCCAUGGGUCACAUGGAACAAAUUGAAGAACAAGCCUCGAACAUCUCAUCAAUAUACUACAUUCCUCAUCACCCUGUAGUGCGACCGUCCAGUAGCACAACUAAGCUUAGAGUCGUAUUCAACGCGUCCGCUAAAGCUAAUUCCGGACAGUCGUUAAACGACUACCUCCUGAUAGGUCCAAAACUGCAGCGAGAUUUAGCAGCUAUUAUUCUACGCUGGCGGUUAUUUCGUUACGUAUACACUGCCGACAUCGCAAAGAUGUUCAGACAAAUCCUAAUCAAUCCAGCGGAUGCCGACUAUCAGAGGAUAUUAUGGCGACCGUGCAGAGACCAGCCUAUUCUUUCGUACCGAUUACUUACCGUGACGUACGGUCUCGCUUCCGCGCCAUAUCUUGCUAUUAAAGUCUUAGAUCAAUUAGCUCUCGACGAAGGCUCCAACCUUCCCGCCGCUACUCCUGUUGUGCAAGAUUCAAUUUAUGUCGAUGACGCUAUUUUUGGUGCGGACGAUAUUCAUACUCUCCGCGAAAUUCGUAGACAAUUAAUCGAACUCCUGAGUCGAGGGGGUUUUCAACUUCGCAAGUGGGCCGCCAACGCGGCUGAACUGUUAGAAAACAUUCCUCCUUCCGACCGUGAAUCAACUUCCGAUCAUCCGCUCGGUGAGGACGAGUCUCAGAAAGUUCUCGGUGUCACAUGGAACCCUUCCGAAGAUACUUUCCGAUUUCGCAUCGACUUUUGUUUACCCGCGAAAGGUACUAAAAGAAAUAUACUCUCGAUCGUUUCAAAGAUAUUCGAUCCAUUAGGAUGGGCCUCCCCCGUGAUUAUUGUGGCAAAAUUAAUGCUACAAGAGCUUUGGCUCCUAAAUAAAGAUUGGGACGACGAAAUUCCUGCCGACCUUUGUAAAAAAUGGCACGAGUAUUGCGAACAUUUAUCACAAUUAAGGGAAGUGAGAAUACCUCGCUGGACCGGCGUGCGAAACAAUAAUGUCGCGAUAGAAUUACACGGAUUUGCCGAUGCGUCACAUCGAGCCUAUGCUGCCGUGGUUUAUUUAAGAGUCCUUCACUCUCUAUCCGAAGCUCAAGUUGCAUUACUGACGGCAAAAAGUAAAGUAGCUCCGCUCAAAACCAUAAGCAUUCCGCGCUUGGAAUUAAACGCGGUCGUAUUGUUAACGCGCCUGCUCGAGUGGACUUUGUCCUCCUUAAAGUUUCAAUCCCCCCGCGUCUACGGAUGGACCGAUUCUACGGUAGUUCUGGCUUGGCUAAAACAACAUCCGUCUACGUGGAAUACCUUCGUCGCCAAUCGCGUGUCCGACGUUCAGACUCGUCUUCCGCAAAUGACGUGGAAACAU